UCAUUCACGACAGGUCUGCAAAGUUUGAAGUCUCCUCAGCAAAGGGCUGGUUCUCUCUGCUGUUGGUUCGUCUGUCAUCAAAAGAUGGAAGAAAUUAGCAAAACUCGUUGGAUAGCCAUUCUGGGAAUUAAUAUGUUUUUAAGCGGGAAAAAACUCGAAAAACUAGGGCAAAAUCAUUUGAGGUCUCUCAGGGAGGCCAUCGAGCAAAUUGCAGUGUGGUGCAUCAUCGCCGUUGGGCAGAGUGCAAUGUGGUGCGUCGUCGCUGUCAGGCAGAUUGCAGUAUGGUGCCGUUGCUGUUGGGCAGAUUGCAGUGUGGUGUCGUCUCCGCCGACGGGCAGGUCGGGCAUGUUGCAGUGUGGGGCCGCCGUCGACGGGCAGAAUCGCUGUGUGGUGUCGUCGCCGUUGAUGGGCAGAAUUGCGCGGUGUGGGGUCGUCGCUGCCGGCCACCAUUACUUCAGCAACGCCCACAGCAUUCCCCCCAGCUCUCCGCCCAAUCCUUCUUUCAGCAAGAAGAAUCUUGUUUGCCCAAUCUCCCUCUUUCUGAUUCACUUAAUUCGACCAAUCAGCAAAGAAGAUGAUUGGGAUUGCAUUUGAGAAGCAUGGACUUUACCAUUUAUCUUCAAUUACCUCAAAAGAGGCUACCUGCAAUCCACAAUAGUUUAAUUCUUCAUUUUUUGUUUCAGCCAUUAAUCAACCUCAAUUAGAUCUUUGGCAUUAUAGAUUAGGACAUGUUUCUACCUCAAGAUGACCUUUUCUUAAACAAUUAGAAUCAUCUAUAUCUCUUGGUUCCUCAGAUGUUUGUGAUAUAUGUCAUUUAGCAAAGCAAAGAAAGCUUUCUUUCCCUGCAUCUCAACCUUUUUCUAAUAAAAUGUUUGAUUUGAUUC